UACUUAGGUACAGACCGUAGUUCACAUCGCCAUGGUAACGAGUUACUAGUCCUAUCAUCCUAUGCAUCGGUCAAAGGUGUCGUUUACCCCAAUCCUCUUGAACAUGGUCACACCUUGAAGCUAAAAUUCUUGUGUAUAUAAAUUUGAAUGUGUAAUUGUCAGUGGCAUAUGUCGUGAAUAUUCCUUGUGAGUGUCACUGGGAGUGGCCUGUGCAGCCUGUCAUCCUUCUAAGGAAGGAAUAGCGUGCGAAUAAUUUGCUGCUCCUAACACAGCAGACGCCGCAAACAUGGCGGACAAAAACAAAGCCAGUAAGAGCGAUGCAGUGGGAUUAUUUUUAAGUGCCAUGGUUGAUCGAGAGCCAGGAAAGAGGAAAGUUAAGCCAUCAAAAGCAGCUCUCAUUGAUCUUGCAGAAUUAGAUUUAGGUGAGAGUUCAGAUGACAGUGAUUUUAAUGUUGAUGAAGCCAAACUCAAUGAUGAUGAUGACAUAUCCAUAAAUAGUGAUCCUGAUGCUAUGGAUAACGAUGACGAUGAUGAUGAUGGUGAAGAUGACGAGGAAGAGGAUGAGGAAGAGGAAAGUGAAGGAGACGUAGCACUACCCCCUGUUAAUGAUAAAAAUCUUAGUGUUUCACAGCUCUUGGAAAGAGCUAGGAAAACUCAGGCUCUGGAGAUGGAAAAGGGGAUAGAGCGUCCUAGAAUUCUGGUAUGCUCUGUGUGCCUUGGUGACCAUUCAGAUGACCUGAAUGAAAUUGUGACUUGUGAUGGUUGUAGUGUAUCUGUUCAUGAAGGCUGCUAUGGCAUUAGUGACUCGGUGUCUGUGUCAAGCACAGUUUCUUCAAGUUCAACAGAACCUUGGUUUUGCGAUGCCUGUAAAGCUAGUGUUGACCAGCCACCCUGUGAAUUAUGUCCAAAUUUAGGUUAUACCAUUUUCAAAGAAACAGAAAUGGGACGUUGGGUCCAUCUUGUGUGUGCCUUGUACAUCCCUGGUGUAGCUUUUAGUGAAGUUGAUAAGUUGUCUUUCCCAACCUUAUUCGAGAUGCCAUACAACAAAUGGGGUUCCAAAACUUGUUCACUUUGUGAAGAUGAACGUUUUUCAAAAACUGGUGUUUGUAUCGGUUGCGAUGCUGGGAUGUGUCGUGAAUAUUUCCACGUAACAUGUGCACAGCGAGAGGGCCUGUUGUCUGAGGUAAAUCAUGGGGAAGCUGAUCAAGCAGAUCCUUAUUAUGCCCAUUGCAAAUUACAUACAGAUAGAGAGCUCAUUAGACGAAGGAAACGAAACUGGUUGGCGUUGCAGCUGCAUAUGAAACAGAAUGAGGCAGACAAAUCAGGAACAAGUCAGGAAAUUCAAGAUCGCAUUCAGCGCAAGCUUGGGCGAUAUCGAGAUAAAUAUCUUUUUAAUAAGAAUAACAGACCUACCCCAUGGUACCCAACACAGAAAAUGCCCAGGGCAUUGUCCACUUCUGCUUCACUGUUCCGUUCACUUUUGCGGAAAACUGAACUCAUGGGGUUGAGUACAGAAUCACAGGCGAUGCAGUCAGCUGAAGUUGGUGAUAUAAGAAAGAAGUGGCACAUUCCUCCAGCUUUCAAUGUGGAAUUUAUAAGUUAUUAUUUGGACCGAACAAAUCGCUUAUCAGAAAUGAAAGACCGUUUAGAUCAACUUCUAACAGAAAAUAGGCAGUUGACUGAAGAAGAAGUGGAACUUAGAGCCAAAUUUAAUGUUAUGGAAAAAGAAUGUGAACAUAUGAAGUCAGAAAAUGAUAUGUUACUCAACAAAGCUUUGGAACUUCAUGAUCUCUUGAAAGGUUUGGCAGGACGACCCCUUCCUCUUCCUCCAGUUGUAGCAGCUUUACAUAACCCUCCGAGUCCACCAUUACCUACAAGACCUCUACCAAAAGGAAGCUUACGAACACCUAUCAUGACCAAGGCAGCUGCGAAGAUGAUGAUGACGAACAAGUUCCUCCAGUGGAGGUUAUCUGCAUAUGUUCCACUAACCUGUUGUAUUGCAUUUCCAGAAUCUGUUCCAACUGGUCUGUCAUUGAAUCGAUGCCGUGUUUGUCAGCAGAUGAAAGAACAACACCUGUUGAUAGAGUGUGAUACCUGUGGCCAUUAUUAUCAUCUUUCAUGCCUGGAUCCUCCCCUUACUCGAAUGCCAAAGAAGACAAAACAGAUGGGAUGGCAGUGCUCAGAUUGUUGUAAAUCUGAUUCAGAUAAAGCAUCAGAAGUGGAUACUGCUGCACCUAGAAGGUUGCGUAGAAACAUUAAAGAACCUGCAAAGUUCUCCCCAUCAGUUGGUUAUGAAUCCAAAAAUGACCUAGAAAAGGGCCAUCAUUUAAAUCAUGCUGGUGCUGGUACAGCUAAUGAACAUUCAAAUGAUGAAAGUGGCCCUGUGCAUUUGUAUCAUCCUGGUGUAGCUUCUCUUACCAGUGAUCCAGUAGUCACAAAUUCAGGUCCUGCAGGGACAAAGAGAAAAUUGAGCACUGAUAACAAGAAAGGUGGCAUAAAGAAGAGAAGGAAAUCACAGGGAGAGUUUGAAACUUAUGGAGAUGAAAUGGAUGUGGGAGAUAAACCUCUGGACGUCAGCACAUCUCAGAACAAAGAGUCUUCAACUAAUGCCCUGGUUGCUCCUCUGAAUAAUGUUAUUUCUCAGGAAAAAGAAAUGUCAGGCCUGACAGCAUCAACUCAGUCACCAAUACCUGCAUCAUUAUCCCCUGCUCAACCUGUUAGUUGCUCUGCCUCGUCAAUGUCAACAAUAACUGUAACUGCAGAGGUAAAUUCAUCUUCACAAGCUCAGAUAGAGGGAUCUACAUCUGUAGAUGGGAACUCAACCUCUUCACCCUCAAGAUCCCGAAGACAACCUUGUGAUACUACAGUUGCUCCUUCACCAGUUAAGCUUUCAUCUCCUACUCGUGGUCGAAGAAGUCAGAUAGAUUCCGGUGCUGACUUGAAUGCUCAUGAUGUUCACUCACAUAUACCUGCAUCAACCAAUGGUGAAGUAGUAGCACCUACAGUAACAGCAGUUACAACAGCAUCAGUCAACUUACCAACUUCUACUUCAGUCAGCUUGCCAACAUCUACUUCAGUUAAUCUACCAACUUCUACUUCAGUUAAUGUACCAACUUCUACUUCAGUUAAUAUACCAGCAUCCAUAACCGAGACCACAGAUUCUUACCCUCGGCGACGUGGCGUUCCUAACAUUCACCUGGAAACCAAUGCUGAAGCACUACCAUCAGCAUCUCUUAAUUCUCCUACUUCAGAAUCAUUUCAUAGUGCUGAGGAUGAUCCAAAUUCUCCUCGUAAGGAAAAGAGACAUAGAGAUGGAAGUAAAAAGAAAAAAAAGGAUAAAGAUAAAGACAAGGAACAAAAAAAGAAGAAGCAUCACCAUCGUGAUAAACAUGGAUUGGGAGAGAUGGCUUCUGAAAUGGUCACUCCUGUUAGAAUUAAGAUAAAGCCGCUUCCUCCUCGACCUCUUGAUGAUGCACCUGUGUCAUUACCUUUAUCUAGCCCUCUUAAUUCAAACAAUACCACAACUAUUGGUUCUCACACUCCUACAGUGAAUUCUACAACAGCAGUAACAUCUGGUGUUACAAGUGCUCCUUAUCAAACUGUCACUCCCCCAGCUGGAUAUCCACCUCUCCCACCUGGUUAUACAUUAACUCAGCCCAUGGCACCACCACCAACAACAACAGUUCCCACUUCCAUUGCAAGCCACACAGCUCAUCUUCAGAGUUCUGUUUCUCAGCCAACAACAGUCAGUAUGGUAAGACAUUUGUUCAGGCCUCAAGUUUCUUGUGUUAUAAGUUUUGUUUUUGACACUUCAUUCAUUAUUAAUGUAGUGUUUUGUUUCAAAGACAUAUAA